AUGGGUAGAAGAUGCUCGCACUGUGGAAACGUAGGACAUAACUCAAGAACCUGUUCUUCUUACAGAACAGGAGUUAUUAGGCUCUUUGGUGUUCAUGUAGACACCACAAGCUCUUCUCCAUCACCACCUCCUCCCCCUCCUCCUCCACCGUCAAAUUUUGCCGCCGCGAUGAAGAAAAGUUUUAGCAUGGAUUGCUUUCCGGCAUGUUCCUCCUCCUCUUCUUCCUUCGCUGGUUAUCUCUCUGACGGUCUCGCUCACAAAACACCCGACCGCAAAAAAGGGGUUCCAUGGACAGAGGAAGAGCACCGAAUGUUUCUAAUUGGAUUAGAGCAGCUUGGAAAAGGAGAUUGGAGAGGAAUAUCUCGAAACUUCGUCGUCACGAAAUCGCCGACACAAGUUUCGGCCAGCAACUUUGAAGAAACCAGUACUAUUCCAUGUAAUGAUCAUAAUGGGUCGACCAAAGAGGUUGUUUGGAAACAAGGAUUAGUCAAUACUCGUCUAGGAUAUCCAGAUCCAGUAAUACCCGGGUCGGGCAAUUCCGGUGGAAUCGAUCUUGAGCUGAAGCUUGCGUCACUUCAAUCUUCGGAAUCAAAUUGUAUUAGACCUAUCAGCGUUACGUGA